UUACACAAACCCUAAGUCCCUCACCUCUGAAAAUUUGAAAUCACGCGCAGUCGCACAUCCACCGGACCACCCCAAUCUCUCUCUCUCGUUCGAGUUUUCGGCGAAGGUCCGGCGAGCCUAACAGCAGUAACUGCUCGACUGCUCUCCUUCCCCGGCGGCCGGCGCGACUGCUCUCCUUUUCCCAGCUCGGCGCAACUGCUCUCCUUCCCCGGCGCGACUGGCAAUGGCUCCAAAGCAGCCGAACUCCGGUCUCUUUGUGGGUUUGAACAAAGGGCAUAUCGUUACCAAGAAAGAGCUGGCACCUCGCCCUUCGGAAAGAAAAGGGAAAACCAGCAAACGGGUACAUUUUGUGAGAAGUCUCAUUAGGGAGGUGGCUGGUUUUGCUCCUUAUGAGAAGCGAAUCACUGAGCUUCUCAAGGUCGGCAAAGACAAGCGCGCGCUGAAAGUGGCUAAGAGAAAGUUGGGUACCCACAAGAGGGCAAAGAAGAAGCGUGAGGAGAUGUCAUCUGCUCUUCGAAAGAUGAGGGCUGCUGGAGGUGGAGAGAAGAAGAAGUAGACUACUGCAUCCUUACUCUGCAUAUAGACAGCUGUAGCAAAGUGAUUAGCAGAGAUUUCCUCAGCUUAUUGGUUUUGUUAAAUUUAACUUUUGUUUCUUGGUAAGUUUGAGUUUUUAAUGCAGAGUGAUAACUUCAUUUACAAA